AUGCCUGGCAGGUUGCCAAACGAGGCCGAUUUCGCCUUCAGUAAGCCUAUCGCCUUCAGCAUCACGCCUCCAUCUUCAUCUCAGCAGCCCAUUAAUGUCCUCAUCCUCCUCCAUGGCCUCGGUGACACCCAUGUACCAUUUACGAACCUUGGUCGGCAGAUGAACCUACCUGAAACAGUUUGUAUCUCCAUUCGUGCACCGAAACCAUUACCGUUCGACCUUGGAGGCUUCCACUGGGGCGAUGAUCUUUACUUUGAACCCUCCUCUGAUGCAAUGAACAAGGACACAGGCUUUAGGGCGUCUGCAAAACUUAUCAUCGAAGAGGUAGUGCAAAGGGCACUGAUAGAAGGAUGUGGCUACGAAUAUCGAGACAUCUUGUUCUUUGGCUAUUCGCAGGGUGGUAUGGCAGCUCUGCAAGUAGGCGCAGAGCUACAAGAUGAAGAGCUUGGAGGGAUAGUGUGCAUAGCAGGCUGGUUACCAGACUCAGCACCGAUGCUGCCCAUCGAUAAGAAGAGUAGGACCCCGGUUCUCUUAUGCAAGGCUGCCAUUUCGUCAGAGGUUCCUGCUAGUGCUCUAGCCCGUUUGAAGGACACAUAUCAGUAUUCCGAAGUCAAGGAAUGGAAGAGAAAUGCGGAUGGAAUGCCGCGUAAUCGAGAAGAAAUGCUACCGAUCAUGCAAUUCCUUGCUCGAAGGCUAAGAAGCCGUAAGGGAGUUCUUGAAGGAGCCAUAGAGCUUUUAUGA